GCAGAUUUGUUUUUUUGGACUAUCAAAAAAUGAAUAGAUCUAUGAUAUGAUAUUCUGAACAAACACAACUAGGGAAAAUUUAAAGAUGGCAAAAAAUGAGGGAAAAAAUUUAAACAGCAUCCAAAAGAAAUGAAGGGGUGUUGACAAGAAAAAGAAAAGGUAUAUAAAAUACUAAGGGGCAUGGAAGAAAAGAAGUUUGGUGAUUGAAGUCGGUCUCUUCCAUCUCUUGCUGCUUAUAAUACAAGAAAGAAACUUUGUGGCUAGGGCCUUUUUGCACGAGUUUAGGAAAGGUAUUUCAAGUAAACCAUGGGAUCGGAUGAAGGUGCAAUCACUUCUUGUUCUUCUUCUACUUCAGUUCCUAUCGAUUCCAACAACCUUGGUUUUAAGUUGUUAAAAAAGCAUGGCUGGAGAGAAGGAACUGGACUUGGCAUUGCUGAACAGGGCAGAUUGGAACCGGUGCCAGCUUAUAUUAAGAAAAAUAAAAGAGGCUUGGGAGCAGAGAAGCCAAAAAAGGCAGCAGCGCACUCAAAAAGUCCCGGGCAUUCCUCUGGCAAGAUCUUAAAAGAUGGGGACAAAGUGACUGUCUGCUGGAGGAUUUGAUGUCUUCUCUAUCUAUAUCUAUCGCCUAUCGGUAAAACGAAGGGGAUCUCUAAAAAGAUGAAGAAAGUACUGGAAUUUGAGAAGCGUAUGCAAGAGAAAGAAUUUGAGCGAGCAUUCUUUAGGGAAUUUUGGCCAGAUAAUGUUUAGUUCAUCUUAUUCUUUAAGCCAUCCACUUCUACCUUUUGGAUGGAUAUUCAUUUUCAUUGAUUUUAACACAUGUAGAAUGAUACCCAGCUUUGAGAUAUUUGUAAAUAUUCUGAAGUGUACAUGAUAAGAUGUCAGUAACCGUAUCGCACUUAUUAUUAUCUGGUUUGUAUCAGUAUCUAGAGAA